AUGGACUUUGCCCCCUACCAGUCGUCGCCCCCAGAGCACUCACGCGUCGCGUCGCCCGAGUUCCCCGCGUCGCCUCCGCGGCCCUCCCUGGACGCCUACGCCGCCGCCGGGGCCACCCGAAGCCCGCCGCCGCUCCAGCACCCGCAACCUCAGCGCGCCUGGGGCGCAAUCCCCGGAGUAUAUCCCGCCCAGGUCAGCGAGUUCGAUACGAGUCUUGGCCUGCGUCUCGACUAUGAGGCUUGCUUGGCAUACCUGGCCCUGCCGCCCCUCGGCGCCAUCAUCCUCCUCAUUUUGGAGCGCAACAGCGACUACGUCAGAUUCCAUGCCUGGCAGUCCGCCCUGCUCUUUACAGCAGCCCUGAUACUUCACAUCAUCCUCUCCUGGUCCUCGUUCCUCAGCUGGCUUCUCUUCCUUGGAGAUGUUGCGCUCAUCGCGCUUCUGACUCGUAGAGCAUACAGAGAUGCGGAAAUACUCGACAGGUUUGAAGUACCCGUCUUUGGCAGUAUAGCCAGCCGUAUACUGGACGACGAGUAG